AUGGCAUACCAAUACCCGCCUCCGCAAGUGUCUACGCAUGCUGCGCAGGCCAACAUGCCACCCGUAGGAUACGGCUCCGACUACCGAGAUGGACCACCGAGCAGCAAUAGUGCUUCUAUGGAAAUUCGUUCAACUGACGGAGGAGUGCGGAAAAACUCGUUUCCACUUGCUAGUCAAAGAUUAAAGCAUUCUACAUCUACGCCUGACGUUACGCCGCUGCAGAGCAGCACGACAGACGCGUCUCAGCUCGCUCUUGCUGCGGACAAGCGGAGGAACAAGCUGGGUUACCAUCGAACCUCGGUGGCUUGUGGUCACUGUCGACGACGGAAGAUCCGUUGUAUCCCAUCCACAUCUGAUGCCCAAGGCCGCUGCGUCAACUGUAUUCGACUGAAGAAGGAAUGCAGCUUCUUUCCCGUCGACCAGCAGCCGACCGCCGAUACUAGGCCCAAAGCACCUUCACGAGCGUCCACCAGCUCCAAGAUGGACUCCGCGUCUCCCUCACCCGCAUUGGCUCCACGACACGCUCCUGAAGGAUUAUCUACGGGUCUGCAAUACUCGCCAUUAGAUGUACCUGGAGCACAGAAUGUUGCACCACAGUUGGGUAUGAAGAUUACCGACGCUGAAGGGUAUUCGUCGGAGUCGAAAUUGCCAUCGAGUGCUAGCUCUCGACACUUUGAUAUGGGUGGACCGCAAAUGCAGAACUGGAUGGCUGCUGAGGGAAGUCCUAACCCCGCCACAAGACCGCUUGACUCGAACGCGUCCUGGAGAGCCUACGCAGGCACCGAUUCUCCCAUUACACCGUCCUUCUCGCCAUACACUCCGAAUGCACCAAACCCACCAGCAGGCUGGGCGUCAGCGUCAAACUCCGAACACGGCGUUCGGGAAGACAUACCCUGGACGGCCUACGCUCCCGCUCCACCUCGAGCUGUGUCGUAUAGCAGCGAAAGUCACGUCUCCCCGCCGUACCAGUCGAUACAGCAACAUGGACGGCCAUUCGAAAGAACGGGACACAACGUGCCUGCUGACAUGUACCCUCAGUCUGUACAGACGAACGUUACUGUUGCCAGAAGUGGUCCGGCUCCCACCAUGACGCAAAGAGGCUCGGUUCCUGGCGGUGUUCUGCCAUCAAACAACUACGGGUCGUGGCAACAGCAGUAUCAGUUUUCGAGACCGUCUGGAGAAGGCUACGGGAAUUGGGCGUACGACGACCAAGGCUCGCACCCAUCUGUUGAUCCAAGUGAGCAGAUACCAACAUCGAACGACCACCCUGCGCAACCCGUUGGCAUGUAUUACUCGGGUCGGUAG